ACCGCAUCGGGCGGCGAAAAUUGCGUAGCACGCGCGCGCAGAAGGAGGAGGAAGCCGGUCUCGGCGCGGCGCGGGGAGGUCGGCGCCCGGCGUAAGAGGCUUUGGUGAAUGGCCGUAAGAGCGCCCGCCAGGCCGCGGCGGCGGCAGUAGUAAAGUAGUAAAAGCUUGAAAGCCCAAGCCAAGCUCACCCGCAGGAGGAGCAGCAGCAGCAGCAGCACUGCGGAGUGGGAGGAGGAGGCGGCACCCCGCGCGCGCGCCGGCGGUUUUUGGUACCGAGCGGAGAGAGGGAGAUGCACACGGCACACUCGAGCUGAGAAAACAGAAAUGAAGGUACACAUGCACACACAAUUUUGCCUCAUUUGCUUGCUAACGUUUGUCUUUCAUCAAUGCCACCAUUGCCACGAAGAUGGACACGACGAAAGUGCCGAGGUCACAACCACAGCAUCACAGCCGCAUAGCCACAACCACAAUGACUAUCAGAUCUCAGAGAAGGCCGAAGAGAAACAGAAAUACUACAUUGAAAAACUCUUUGACCGCUACGGCGAAAAUGGAACGCUCUCGUUUUUCGGCCUGGAGAAAUUGCUGACGAGCUUGGGCCUGGGAGAAGUGAAAGUAGUGGAAAUAAAUCAUGAGGACAUUGGCCACAAUCAUGUUUCUCACUUAGAUGCAAUAGAAGUACAAGAAGGAAGGCAUUCCCAUUCCCAUUCCCACCACCACCACCCUCCUCAUUCCCAUACUCACUCAGAGAACCAGACCACGAACGAAAGGCCUGCCAAAAGAAAGCGGAAAUGUGACCCUGAGAAAGAAGCAGCAGAGCCAUCUUUAAAAUCUGACAGCAAACAUACUCACGACCACAAUGACCACAGGCACCACGAGCGCCGGCUCCAUCACCUCGGCCGCAACGGUACUCGCCACUCCCAUAACGAUUCCACCAGCGCCAAGGACCACAGGGGGCCCAGCCACGAACCUUCGACGGAGACCAAUAUGACUCAAGAGCAGCCCGAAAAGUCGCACAAAGACAACAGGAGGACACGGAAGGAAAGGAAGAAGAGAAGCGGGGCUUCGGUGGAAGCGGCACAAGGCUUUACUCCCAGCCACGAGUCCACCAAGCAGCACGGACACAACCGAGUUCACAAAAACGGGCACACGCAAGACACGGCCCUCUCGCACGCUCACGAGCGUGAUCGUGAGCGUUCACCUGCCCGCGGGCAUCCGGAUCCUGCCAGUGGAGACGGGCAUCGCCGUGGCAGGAAGCACGAGGGGCAGAUUGGCAUGAGGAAGCGUGCCGUCCUCUCGCCACACCCUCACAAGGACCAUAAUGGAGAUGAGCACCACCACGAAGAGUGUUUAAACUUCACUCAGCUGCUAGCGCAUUACGGCCUUCAUCCCACCUCUCCCAUUUCCCCCAGCUUGUUUACAUACCUGUGCCCAGCAUUGCUGUAUCAGAUUGACAGGAGACUUUGUAUUAAACAUUAUGAAGAUCUGGUGAUUGAAGACUUGAAUAAAGGAAGAAAUGCAUCGCUUGGGAACAUGGAGAAAACUGGCGCAUCGGCUUCUGAGCAAGACGAAGUCUCAAGAGCUGCAGCCUGGAUUUGUGGCAUCAUUUCUAUCACAGUCAUUAGCCUGCUGUCCUUGCUAGGUGUGAUCUUGAUUCCUAUCAUUAACCAAGGGUGCUUCAAAUUUCUCCUCACCUUCCUGGUUGCUCUUGCUGUAGGAACAAUGAGCGGAGACGCGCUGCUCCAUCUGUUGCCACAUUCGCAAGGGGCGCACAACCACAGCCACGAGGACCACGAGCACAACCACGAGCACCAGCAUCUCCAUGGCCAUUCCCACGGCAGCGGAGAAGCGGUCCAGGGCUUCCUAGAAGAGUAUGAUGCUGUGCUGAAAGGGCUGGUGGCCCUGGGCGGAAUUUACCUCCUGUUCAUCAUCGAGCACUGCAUACGAAUGUUCAAGCACUACAGCAAACAAAGGGUGGAAACCAAAAUAUUUCCUACUAGGACUAAACAGAAGUGGUGUAAGAAGAAACAGAAGGUCGAUGAUUCGCCAAUUGGAAGGAAACUUUCAGAUCAUAAGCUAAAUAGGCCGGAUGCUGACUGGCUUCAGCUCAAGCCUCUAGCAGGAGCAGAUGACUCUGUUUUAUCCGACGAUCGACUUAAUGAAACCGAACUAACUGACCUGGACGGCCAGCUUGACUCGCUGCCAAAGACCUUCCUGUCCGCAGAGGAGGAAAACAGUAUGCUCCACUCCCAUAACAAUGUAUCCCAUGGCGCCCAGGAGAACGAUCUCCCCGACGUGGAGUACGAAAGCAACCACCGAGAGGAUAAAAUCGUAGCUCGAAAGCACAACCACAUUUGGUCCCACAAACACUCCCACCAUUCUCAUGGACACUGCCAGUCCGGCAAAGACCUGAAAGACACUGGAAUAGCAAACAUAGCCUGGAUGGUAAUAAUGGGAGACGGGAUCCACAAUUUUAGCGACGGGCUGGCCAUUGGAGCAGCUUUCAGUGCUGGCUUGACCGGAGGAAUUAGCACAUCCAUAGCAGUAUUUUGUCAUGAGCUUCCCCAUGAAUUGGGGGACUUUGCUGUGCUUCUGAAAGCAGGCAUGACUGUGAAACAGGCCAUUGUUUACAACCUCCUCUCAGCCUUGAUGGCUUACGUAGGAAUGCUAAUAGGGACAGCUGUGGGACAGUACGCAAAUAACAUCACCCUGUGGAUCUUCGCAGUCACUGCCGGCAUGUUCCUCUACGUGGCCCUGGUGGAUAUGCUUCCAGAAAUGCUUCACGGGGACGGAGACGACGAAGAGCACGGCUACUGUCCCGUGGGCCAGUUCAUCCUCCAGAACUUAGGUCUUCUCAUGGGAUUUGCCAUUAUGUUGGUGAUUGCCCUUUACGAAGACAAAAUAGUGUUGGACAUCCAGUUUUGACCAUUUCCAGUACUCCGCUGUGGUUAGCGACGACGUUACUGUAUGGCUUCAAGUCUGCACUGUUGUACUGUAUGCACAUUCGUCCCCAGGCAAAGCAGUGGCACGAGCUGCUUCACAAGUAACAGUAUUCUGGUGUCUGCAUAAACAAGCUCCGGGUUUUUUUAGCUCAAACAAACAAACAGGCAAAAAAAAAACCCAAUUGAAUGCAGCUCAGCUUCCCAAAGGUAAGAUGUAGAUUUUUAAUCAGGCAGUGUUGGAAGCAGGAAACAUAAACGUCAUGCCCAGGAUGCUAUUAGCAAGUGUGUUGUUUUUCCAGUUUGCCACUGCAAUGUGCAGCAGAAGUCGGAUCCCUUGCUGACAAAAAGCCUUUCAGGUUAUACUUGAGCAAAUGUUGAAUAGCCAGUCCAAGAGUUACAUGUCAUUGUCAUCCUCUACAGCUGGCCCCUGGGCCUUGUUGCAGCGUUUGAGUUGGUUCCUCCCCCCCCCCCCUCUCUCUCUCUCUCUCACACACACACACAGUCUGGCAAUGCAUGACUGGAGAGCAUUCUAGGUGGGGUGCAUUUAUUAAAAAACACCAUUUUCAAAAACGGUUUCAAGCAUGCUGUUCAGGGGUUGCCUUAGGGCAGUAUGAGCAAUGCACUGUUCCAUGACCCUUGCAUUUGCUCCAGGCCUUGUUCCCCAGUAACGUCCGCUGUUUUGCACCGUGCUGAAUGGUUGGUGACCAAAGUGAAAUUGUGUAUUCGUCUGGGUCAGGCACUUCUGUUUACUGGUCCUUGCCAAUCCCCUAGUCGGUACGAUGUCUCAAGAAGACGUUCAUGCCUGCAAUCGCUGCCAUGCACUCUGUUAGCCCAGCAAUGUUGUUUUUUCAGCUCCCUUGGGAAAGAAAACUGAAAAUCCACAAGUCUGUCCCCUUGUAUGUCAGCCACACAAAGCGGUACUUUUGUCCUUUCGAAGCCCAAGGAAGCAAAUCUCUGCAUUGGGGGCUUUGGGGGCGGGGCCUGUUUCCACAAUAGGGCUGAGUUGACAGGUGUUGGAUAUUUGAUGUUGGCUCAUAGGUAUUUGUUCGCAAAAAUGCUGAAUGGUUAAUGCUGCUUGUGGACUCUUUCUCGACCUUUUGCUGCAGUAGCGUACAGAAUGUGUAGCAGUGCUACUUGAAACCUGAACUACUGAGCGGUUUUCUGCUUUGAACGUCUCCCUUCCGUCCUCUUAAUGACGCACCUGCAUUGGAUUUUCUCGGUCAUGGCAGCCAAAUUCUCUCUCACAUUAUAACCUUCAAAAAAUAAUAAUAAUAAUACGCGGAGCUGAGAAGUGCUGAUCUGAGGGUCACAGCAGUGGCCCUUGGAGGCAGUCUUGGUAACUGUUUACAUAAUUCCCCAGAACUCUUUUGAAUGUAUUCCUUUAAUGCCUUGCCACCUGAGCUCAGGAGCACCUGCAGUUGCUGAAAGUUGGGCCUCUUGCUCAGUGUGGGCCAACGUUCGGCAUAUGCUGUGGUGGCAUUGUUUUGAUGUUUGUUUGUUUUUGGCACCUUAGGUUGGGGGGUGGGGCUGCUCCUACAUUGCUACUGCAACGUGGCUCUUUUCGUAAGGUGGGAACCUGAAGGGCCAGCCCCAAUUGACUUCCCAUCGCAGACACGCCACCGCCUUGAGAGCUGGAGGAAGGUGGUUGAAUUUUGACCACUUCCACCACGGCUGCGGGAACUGCAGAGGGAGCCACUCUGCAGAUGUAACGUAAGGAGAUGCCCUUUGGAGCAAGGCAGCUGUAUUGUUGACUUGGUGCUGCUGCGUGCGGACCGAUUGGACAGGCUCAGCCCCAAAAAAAGCCUUAACCUGCAGAAAUCAGCUUUAAUAUUUGAUUGUUUAGUGCCAAGUAGCAUGUCUUGCCAGGUACAGAUUGGUCCGUCUCCUAUGAGCUCUGAUACUGGGCGCUUGGGAGAAGUGCAGGUCCUUUUCCACUCUGGUGUGACAAUAAUAUAGUCUUAAUGGUCGUAACGAAAUACGGCAGUUGUUGGGUUUUCUUACAGCAUGCUGCUCGGUCUUUGUUCAUCUUGGUCUCCCUCUAGAAGCAAAGCAGGAUACAGCUGGACUUUUGGAGAGGGGGGAGUUUUUGUCCUUCUGCCCGAGUGGAGGAACUUGGUCAGCAAACUUUUAAUGGCCUUCAUUCCAAGUGAAAGUGCGCCUUUUCUUUCUGACCCUUCCACUUAAUUUAUCCAGUCAUUCCUUUUCGUGUGACCACCGUUAAGUACUUGGCUUCAUGUUGGGUGACUUUUGUCGAGCGGCUUUUCGUUUUUGUGUUAGCUGGGGCAGGGGGAAUAUCAAGAGUGUUGACUAGUUGGUGGUUCCGAGCCCAAGGCUUGGAUCCCCGUGAGUCUGUUAGUGCAGAAAAUGUGUUUGGAUCAUUGGGCCUCUAGGAAGUUGCAAGGGCCACAGCAUUGGGGGGUUGCCCUCCUCCCCCUCCCUGGAGAUUUAUAGUUGAGAAUGUCUGGCUGGGAGCCCAAGAGCGAGGCUGAUCCUUCCAUUGUAAUCAAUGGGAUUUUACACUCUUUUCUCUCUGGCUCGGAACUUGGAUGUCAUUUUAAUUAAAAUCUGCCAAGUUGAAAUAAAGGGUCGUGGCAUUGCUGAAGUGAGAUUUUAGUCAGGAAAAAUGGGAUAAGGGAGGGUUUUUACGGUUUAUUUUUGUAAUUAUGAAUAAAGCUUUCUCUACUUCAGGUACAGCCUUUUCUUGAUUUUCGCUGGCAUGUGCUAUAGCGUAAUGUUGCCUACCUAGGGAAGCAAAAAAAUAAAUUAGUGCUCUGUAAUAGUAUUUUUGGGUUGGUUUUGCUUUUUUUUUUUUUUUGAAAGAGAAAA